CUCAUUCUCUGCCCAUGUGGGUUAUUUUCUCUCUCUUCUUUAACCUUAACUUUCUCUCUGCAAACAACAACAUCACCCUCUUCGGUGAUGCCUACUUCAGAAACAACUCCAUUUCUCUCACUCAAGAACUCGCCCCUUGCCUCUCCCCUUCUUCUCCUUCUUCUCCAUCUUUCUCGCCUUUCUUCGGCAUUGGACGAGCAUUCUACGUAAACCCGAUUCGGUUUCUUGAUCCUUUCAUCAACACCACGUCAUCUUUCUCUUGCAGCUUCACCUUCUCAACCAUCCCUUCCCCACUCUGCUCUCCAGGGGACGGCAUGGCGUUUCUCAUCUCCCCUCACGCCGCCGAUUCCUUCUUCAGCGACGCGAUAGGCAACAUCGGGCUUCCAAGACCAGCCUUGACAGUUCAAGAUUCGUUCUUUGCCGUGGAAUUUGACACCAGUUUCGAUCCUCUGCUCGGGGACGUCAACGGGAACCAUGUUGGGAUUGAUAUCAACACGGCGGUUUCGAUUGCUGCGGUUGAUGUUGUGCCGAGAGGGAUAGAUUUGAGAAAUGGAAGAGAGAUAACUGCUUGGAUUGAGUACAGACAUGCCAUGAGAAUGGUCAGGGUUUGGGUUGGUUACUCUUCAAUAAGGCCUCCAAAUCCUCUUCUUGUUGCUCAAAUUGACCUCUCAAAUGUGUUGAAGGAGUUCAUGUUUGUUGGGUUCUCUGGCUCUAAUGGUCAAGGCUCUGCAGUUCAUAUUGUUGAUAAAUGGCGGUUCAAGACUUUCCAACCCUCACUUGUUUCUAUAGACACUUUCGAAGGAGAUUGUUUCAUAUGUUCUUCAGAGGAUUCAGCCAUUGGAAGUCAUAGAAAAAAUCGUCUUCAUGGAAGGAAAUUGAAGUUAGGAGAGAUUGCUCUUGGGUUAGGAGGCUUGGUUGCAUUUGUCUUCUCAAUUUUGGUGAUUUUUGCUGUGAUGAGUUUCAUAUUGAUAAAGAAGAGAAAACUUGUUGACAAAACCAGAAUGGAGAGUUUAGCUUGCAGGAUUCAGCCUAAUAGAAUGCCAACAAGGUUGUCUCUUGCCGAUAUUAAGUCGGCUACGAUGGGUUUCGAUCAAAACCGAGUUGUUGGGGAAGGAGCAUCCGCAAUGGUCUACAAAGGAUCGCUUCCAUUUGGUGGAGAAGUUGCUGUCAAGAGAUUCCAACGAGGCAAUGGAGUUGACUCUUUGCAUAAUCCUUUCACUAAUGAGUUUGCUACAAUGGUGGGUUGCUUGCGGCACAAGAAUCUGGUUCAGCUUCGAGGAUGGUGCUGUGAGGGAAGUGAGUUAGUCCUUGUUUAUGAGUACAUGUCCAAUGGAAGCCUUGACAAGAUUCUCCAUAAGAAAACCAACUCAGCCAUUGUUCUCUCAUGGAAGCAGAGACUAAACAUAGUUCUAGGUGUUGCUUCUGCUCUUGCAUAUCUGCAUGAAGAGUGUGAGAGGCAAAUUAUCCACAGAGACGUUAAGACUUGCAACAUAAUGCUUGAUGCAGAGUUCAAUGCCAAACUUGGGGAUUUUGGUCUAGCAGAAGUGUAUGAGCACAGUACUAACACAAGAGAUGCAACCAUACCGGCUGGGACAAUGGGAUACCUUGCUCCAGAGUAUGUCUAUUCUGGCGUGCCAACAGCAAAAACAGAUGUAUAUAGCUUUGGUGUGGUGGUUUUAGAGGUGGCAACAGGGCGGAGGCCUGUCGAUGAGGGUGGAACGGUGCUAGUCGAUUGGGCAUGGGAGUUGUGGGAGAAAGGAAAGCUGAUUGAAGCUGCAGAUGCAGGGCUCAAGGGAAAGACUAGUUUGAAGGAGAUGGAGAGAAUGCUCAUUUUGGGACUCGCCUGUGUCCAUCCAGACCAUGUUCAGAGGCCGACGGUGAAAGAAUCUGCAAGGAUUCUUAGAAGGGAAGCACCACUUCCCUUGUUGCCAGCAAAGAAACCAAGACUCAGGCUUCGGCCGGUUUUGCCUAAUGAUUUUGAAGAAGUGAUGAGUUAUUUGGACGGGGAGCAUACCAGUCCUUAUGAAUCACCAUUUUUUACUCCUAAAAGCAAUUUUAGCUAG